GGGGUGGGGGAAAGGGAGGUGAUGCAGCACGUGCCAUGGGUCCGGCGCCGCAGCGGUCCAGUUCUCCACGCGACAGAGAUAAGACAGGGAUCACAUUCAGUGACGUCAUGCAAGCCAGCCGCGUGCGGUGCCCACCUCAGCAAUACACGCGUGGGGAAAAGCGUGUGACCCCCCCAGGCGUGUCUGUGCUGCAGACGCUAUUCUGCAGCUGCCCGGCCUAUGUGCCGUCCCCUACGGCCGCCUGCAGUUGGGGGGUUUGGUACAGGUUGCUGAUGAGUCCAAAAUUGGAUUGUGUGGGCCGUGCAGGGAAAUAUCCCAGUGAGAGCCAGUGUGCCACCAUAUGUUUACAGGGCAGCGUAGGCUCACAUGGCAUGGCCGCGGCACUGCUGUACUCUAUACCUGUACCAACCGAUAGGCGGUUCACAGAAGUACAAAGUGUUAAUUCCAGGCACGAUAGUAACACAGCAGCAGAGUUGGCUAAAGAUUUGCUGCAUCCCUCCUCCGAUGAGGAAAAGACGAGGCAUAAGAAAAAGCGGCUAGUCCAGAGCCCAAACUCCUACUUCAUGGAUGUUAAAUGCCCAGGCUGCUAUAAGAUUACUACAGUUUUCAGCCAUGCACAAACGGUUGUCCUUUGUGUAGGUUGCUCUACUGUUCUUUGCCAGCCUACAGGUGGAAAAGCCAGGCUUACAGAAGGUUGUUCCUUCAGAAGAAAGCAACACUAAAGUUGUCUUUGUUUGCGUGACAUGACUGCUGCACCGUGCCCCUCAGGAUGAUUUGCCUUAUGUCCGGCCUCACAAACCACUUUCCUUGUUGUGGUAUAGUACGUCAAUCUCGUUGGCUUUUGUAAUACAGGGAGAUUUUUUUUUUUGCAGUUGGACUUUGAUUAUGUGCAAACCAUUUCCUAAAUAAAUGCAAAAUUGCAAUUGAA